CAGAGUUAUUUUCUGUAACUCUAUAUUUCCCAUGAAGGAAAUUUUUGUUUAUACUAGUGGGUGCGUGGGUUUCAGUUAUUCUAACACAGUGCAACUUUGUGGGUAACUGCAUUAUUCCUCAUUGCCACCCUUUGGACCAACCAUGCCAUCCCCUACAUCUAGUAAUCCUGAUGAGCAAAGACGAGGUGACAAUACAACUCAGCAUUCAACAAUGCCACCAUCCGGACCAAGUACCCCCUACCCACAUUGCGCAACUGAAAUGAAUGUUGGAGAAACUGAAACGGACAUAAAUAUAUCACCAGAUGCGGAGGGGAUGAAUGAUCUAUCUUGCAAUGAUGAUGAUAAAGAUGACCCUCCAACAGCUGGUAUGAAAUUUCCAAACGAAAAAGAGGUUUUGCUGUAUUACAAACGAUAUGCCAAACAAGAGGGUUUUGGUGUUAUUAUCAAACGGACAAAGAGAGAUCUAGAUGGGAAUGCCAAGUAUGUGACGAUUGGAUGUGCACGUGGGGGAAGGUAUUAUCCUAGCUAUAGUAAUUUAGCUAAGCCCCGACCAACGACAAAAACCGAUUGUAAGGCAAAAGUAAAUGCUCGGUUUGUGAAUGGGGAAUGGGUGUUGACCACUGUAGAGCUGCUUCACAACCAUAGUACUGUUAGCCCAAAGAAAUCUAGAUUCUUUAGAUCUCACAAAGUUUUAGAUGAAUACAGUCAGAGGAUGCUCGAUUUGAAUGGCAGAGCGGGUAUUCGGAUGAAUAAAAAUUUCCAAGCACUUGUGAAUGAAGCUGGGGGGUUUGAGAAUUUGGAGUUCCAGGAAAAAGAUUGCAGGAAUUAUAUCGACAAAGCCAGAUAUUUAAGAAUGGGUAAAGGGGGUGGUGAAGCCCUAAAUGACUACUUUAAGAGAAUGAGGAAAAUGAAUGAUGGGUUUGUGUCCGUGAUGGAUGUGGAUGAUGAGUUUAGAGUGAGAAAUGUGUUUUGGGCUGACACACGAAGUCGAGCAGUAUACCAGGUUUUUGGGGAUGUUAUAACUUUCGAUACAACGUACCUAACAAAUAGAUACAGAAUGCCGUUCGCUCCCUUUGUUGGUGUCAACCAUCAUGGACAGUCCAUACUCCUAGGGGCAGGGUUAAUUUCAAGCGAGGAUACAAGUACGUUUGUUUGGUUGUUUGAAGCAUGGCUAGAAUGCAUGAAUGGACGGGCACCCCGAGCCAUCAUAACAGACCAAGACCGGGCAAUGAAGAAUGCCAUUGGCAUUGUAUUCCUGCAAACAAGGCAUAGAUACUGUCUCUGGCAUAUAAUGCGAAAAUUGCCAAAGAAAUUGGGAUCCCACUGUGAUUACGACACAGGGUUGAAGGCUGCGAUUCUGAAUGCAGUCUAUGAUACACAGACUUGUGAUGAAUUUGAGCAGAAGUGGCAGCAACUAAUACAAUAGUAUGGCCUAAUGGGAAAUGCAUGGUUGGAGGGGUUGUACACAGAGAGGUCUUUUUGGGUACCGAUUUUUCUGAAAGGUGUAUUUUGGGCUGGUAUGAGCACUACCCAGCGGUCUGAAAGCAUGAACGCCUUCUUCAACGGAUAUGUACAUUCCGGCACGACGUUAAAAGAAUUUGUCGAUCAAUAUGACAAUGUUCUGUUAUUGUUCCUUGAUCUAAGUUUUUCUUUGCGUGCUAAUUUGGACUUGUUGGUCAUUUAUUGCAGUUUUUGGAAAUGGGUCGCUUUUUGAUCC